AUGUGCGCCAAUACUACCGCUGUUUACUUUACCGCUAUUUUUCAUAUCAUUUCCCCGUCCGAUGCAACCAAGAGCGAAAUCGAGACCAACGAUACGGUUUAUUACCAGCAGUUAAUGUCACAAUUCAUUGAAAGCCUCCAAAAACAGUGUCCAGUAAUGAGCUGUUGUCGGGCCGGCAGCUUCCUGUUGGCCAGAUUUGAUGACCGACUCGUAUGGGUUCAGGUCCUGGAGUCGGGUUUCAAUUACGUGAAGAUUCAGGUGAAAGGUCUUGAGCUGCAGGAGACCUCAUGUCAUGCCGUGGAGGCGACCACUAUAGAUGACAUGAUUGAGGAGGCCUUCUAUGGGAGCGCCGACACCAAAAUGCAAAGAAUAUUAAACUCAUAUUUUUGGUUCGCUAUUCAGCCGUUGGACACACUUAUAGUGAGGACUUAUUCAGACGCGAGAAAUGUGUUGACGGGUGUCAUCGACUCACCUGAAACUUCCACAGCUAUUAAGACACUGUUCUCCAAAGUCUUUGUUUGGGUUAUACUUAAGCAUAGAGUGAAUAAAACAAAUAAAAAUCAUAUUUCUAAAAGUGUUGUGGUGUUAGACAUCGAAAAACAGGUCGAAAACACUAAGACUAACCCAAAUCUGGAGGCAAAAAGUGUGUUAUUCUAUGACGUCCUCAAAAGCAAAGCUCAAAAUACUAACAAAGAUUUAGUGGCAUUUGAAACCAAUAAUAAUAAUAAUCAUAUCUUAAGUAAAUGGUCUGAUGAUGAGGAGGACGUGUUGGGCACUGAAGACAACUCUCAUCUUAAAAGUUCACAAAACAUUAAAUCUAUGUCUGAAACAGAGAAAAAAGAGACAACAAGUGAAUUGAAUGAAUCAAAUGAAGAAUUGCAUGUAAAGGAUAUUGAAAGCCAACAACAAAUCAAUUCAAAUAUAAUAUACAAUUCUUCCGUCAAUAGUAAAGAGAGUUUUUUCACAACUUUUGACGACAACAGGAAUAAGCAAAACAGAGCUAUUGAUUCUUCGGGAGACAUAACCAGUGAUCCAAAGUUAGGAUCAGAUAACAGUGUGGAGGACUGGUAUAGCGCAUUGUCUCCGACUAAUGAGUGGUUAACCGCUUCCUUAGACUACACUUAUAGGACUCGCAUUAAUCAAAGUGAGUUGUAUGACAUUAUAAUAAAGAGCUUUCAAUACACUGUUAAGAUAGCACUCGACCAGAUCCUGAUGGGCCAAGAAAUGGCCACUCUUAAUGAAUUAAUAGACGUCUUAAUAGAUUAUGAUAUGAAUUGGUUUAUCGGAGACGAGACGUCCAUUGAAUGGAAAAACUCAUUGAUUCUCGAAAAGCAAAGUCUAUUCUCGAUUGGAAGGGAUGGCAUUAAAGAAUGUUUUACGAGUCACUUAUUGACUCUACAAGAAAUAGCAGUGCAUUUGUGUGGUCUGAACCGGGCAGUGAUCGAGGCCAUUUGGUCGUCCCUUUCACUUGAGCUACUUUACCUGACCAAUGAUGACGACGAGAGGUUCUCCAUUCAGGCCAACCCAGUCAUCCUCCGCAAUCUGACCGUCCAGGCGGCCAACGCCCCCAUCGGGUAUCCCGUGUUUGUCUCCCAACCCAUUCUUAUCAAUCACUUGACUUCAUAGUUAUCGUCGACAAUCAAAAC